CUUUCCCUGAAGAAGAGACAAGAUGAAGGGAAAGGAGGAUGUGAAAGAAGGAUUAGUGAGAGGCCUCAGUCUUAUUAAUAUCAUACAUGGCUGCCCGUCUCAAGCUGUGGCCUUUCUUUUUUCCUGCUGUGAGCUAAAAAUAGUUCCCACAAUUCAUCGCCUUUGUUCAUUUAAGGUCCCCUUGCAGUCCGGGCCCGACUGUCUCUUUAAUCCCAACUCGUCCUCUGCUUGAUAGCGUCUUUGAAAAGAGCCAUGGUCACAGUAUAGACAUAAAUUCUGCAAGCCUUCAGAGUGAGGAGGAAAUGACGCAACUGAGUGUCCGUCGCUGGACGCCCAAACAUGUCGCAAAGUGGCUGAAGGAAGAGGGCUUCUGUGACUAUGUGGACCUGCUGUGCAACAAGCACCGACUGGACGGCACCAGUCUGCUGGCCCUGAGCGAGUAUGACCUCCGCUCACCGCCUCUGGAGCUCAAGGUGCUGGGGGACAUCAAGCGCUUGAUGGUGUCCAUCCGCAAACUGCAAAAACAGAACAUCGACGUGUUGGAGGAGCUGGGUCUUCCCUUUGAUGGUCACUCUCCUACAGGCUCAGGAGGCAGUUUGGACUGGCUGUGUAAUGGCGACCCAGGCAGAGACUGUGAUAGCACUGACACAGCACCAGUGGGAGAGGAGUAUCACCAGUACACUAAUGGGAAAUACAAGCAGCAGACGAGGCGCCUGGAUCCAGAGUACUGGAAGACAGUGCUUAGCUCCAUCUAUGUGGUGUUUGUGUUUGGGUUCACGUCCUUUGUCAUGGUGAUAGUGCAUGAGAGGGUGCCUGACAUGCGCACAUACCCUCCACUGCCAGAUAUUUUCCUAGACAGUGUGCCUAGAAUACCAUGGGCCUUUGCCAUGGCUGAAGCAUGUGGAGUGAUCCUUUGUAAUAUCUGGUUGCUGGUUCUGCUACUCCAUAAACACAGGUCCAUCCUUUUGCGGCGCAUGUGCAGCCUCAUGGGGACGGUGUUCAUGCUGCGCUGUAUCACCAUGUUUGUCACCUCCCUGUCUGUGCCAGGACAGCACCUGCAAUGCUCAGGAAAGAUGUAUGGUGACAUGUGGGCCAAGCUGCAGCGAGCUGUGGCCAUCUGGAGCGGGUUUGGGAUGACCCUGACAGGAGUUCAUACAUGUGGUGACUACAUGUUCAGCGGCCACACCGUGGUCAUUACCUUGCUCAACUUCUUUGUCACAGAGUACACUCCACGAAGCUGGAACUUCAUUCACACGUUGUCCUGGGUCCUGAAUCUCUUCGGCAUCUUCUUCAUCUUGGCUGCACACGAACACUACUCCAUCGACGUGUUCAUAGCGUUCUACAUCACUACCAGACUCUUCCUGUACUACCACACUCUAGCCAACACCCGGGCCUACCAGCAGAGUCGACGAGCUCGCAUCUGGUUCCCCAUGUUCUCCUUCUUUGAGUGCAACGUCAACGGGCCCGUCCCCAACGAGUACUGCUGGCCCUUCUCAAGACCUGCUAUGAUGAGGAGGCUGAUUGGAUAAUGAACAGCAUCAGCGGUACUGUCAGACACUUGUCAGAUUGUGCUGUUUUGUCUGCUUUGUCAAGUUGCCAACUGAGGCGGUGUGUGAUAUCUUCAUCAACAAAGACAACUGAUGUGAUCCUGUUAGCACCGAGGCCUGAUGGGAUACACAGAGCCAUACCUUCUUAUAUUCUGGGACUCAUGUUCUAACCUGCCUCCCCUGUCACCAUUUUUAGGCAGAUUAAACAAAAUCCUCAAAACCCCACAGAGUUUCUUAAAAGCCCCAUCAACACUCUUUGUUUCAUUUGAAAAGUGAACACAGCGGUGAUACGUCUCAUUUAUUGGUUGCCUAUUUUUCCUCUAAAGAGAUAUAAUUUUAUGUAGCAUGAACUGUGUUUUUCAGUACCUCACAACUUAAAAAUGUCUGUUGUCUGUAAGUGUUUUGUUAGCACGUGAUAAAAGGAAGCCACAUUAAAACAUUCACAGGCAGCAGUGUACUUAAUCCUUCACAGCAGUUGGCCAUUUUCUGUGCAAUUACAAUACCUGAUCAUUUCAAGGUUUGCAUCUAGAUUCUUGACUGAAAGUUUUGUCUUCCCUCCCACUUUGUAAUUUAUUAAAACAUAACACUAUGGACCACUUAAAGCAAUAUGUAAAGAUCUGCAUUUCACUGUUGCUUUUUUCUUUUAUAGCAAAAAUGUUCAAGUUGAGAAACAGAUGUCUGCCAUUCUUUUUCAUUCCUUGAGAUUAUACUUACAUUUUGAUAAUGUCACUAAAUGUUGACAGAGUAAUCAAUGGCUCAUACUGAAAGACACAGUAAAGUACAAGAGAUCUUUGUUUCUAUUGUUCACUUAGCCUGCCUUUUCCUUACCAGACCUAUAAAAGAUACAUUCAAGGAAAUGUCAUUAUCAGCCAAAAACAUGGAAUCAAAGAUUUUUUUCCAGCUGUCUUAAAUAUAAUUCCAUUUGCCAAUUACCUUGAGUGUUACGAUAGGUUUCUUUGUGUAGAAAUGUCCCAAAUAUUUCAUGUUUACUGUUGGAUAGUUGUAUAGUGCUUUUUUAAAAUCAUCAUAGUGUAAAUGACCAGAAUUAAUGUUUUCCCUGAUAAUAAUCCUUUAACAUUAAUCUGUAGUAAUAGUUCCUUAAAUGACCCUUAAAUUUGUAUGUAUUUGUUUAUAUUAAUUUAUUUAAUUUUGUAAAUGUCAAUAGGUAUUUUUAUACUUCAUAUACAGUGUUACAGCAACAUGCACAUGGAGAAAUAUGUUUACAGUUGCUCUUAACUAUGUAUUUGUUUGAAACACAAUGUGCUUUUUAAGUGUAAUGUUGACUUCAGAUUGGCCUCUACAUUUCAUUUAGUGAAACCUGCCACUGUAGUAAGAGAUGUUGUAAUUGAUUUGGUCUUUACAGCAUGUUAGAAACAUGAUAAGUCUAAAUGGAGUUGACAGUCUACAACACAUCCUUUCACUGAAGAAUAAUGCUGUUGUUUUCAUUCUGCAAAGCCACAGUACUUGUUUCAUGUCUCAUUCAGUCACUUCCAUCAUUAAAGAGCUGAAAUCAAA